CAAAAAGUAAGCGGAGCAGUGCAGAUAUUUAAAUAAAAUUUAAAGGAGUUUAAAAAUAGUUUUAUAUAGUUAAUUAUAGUUUUGACAAAAUGUUGUUGCUAAAAAUGAUUUAUAAUAGCCUAAUGGCCAUGGACGAAACUUUUGAAACCGAUAAACGACUUAAUUCCUAUCCAUUUCUGGGUAAACCAUGGCCUAUGCUUGCCGUUGUUGGUCUCUAUCUGUUAAUCGUCUUAAAAUGGGGUCCUAAAUUUAUGGCCAAUCGUAAUCCCUACAAAGUGGAUGGUCUAAUGAAAUUGUAUAAUGUGCUACAAAUUGUGAUAAAUAGCUUGAUAUUCUUCGAGGCAUUAAAAUACUCCUACUGGAGAGAUGACUUUAAGAUGAUUUGUGAAAAGUAUGAUCCCCACGAUACACGUCCCGUUACUAUGAAAUUGGUGAGACCGGCUCUACUGUAUUACAUUUCCAAAUACUUGGAUAUAUUCGACACGAUAUUCUUUUUGGUGCGUAAAAAAUUCAAUCAAAUAACCUUUCUUCAUGUGUAUCAUCACUCUUUAAUGAUAAUGGCCGUCUAUAUCUAUUGCAACUUUCUAUUCUCAUCUCAUUUCACCGCAACUGGUGUCCUCAAUAGUUUCAUACAUAUUUGCAUGUACGCAUACUACCUGCUGGCUGCCUCAAAACCCAAUAUCAAUUUGGAGCCAUGGAAACGUACGUUGACUGGCAUGCAACUGAUACAGUUUGUAUUCUUGGCCGUGCACUUUGGAGUGCCACUCCUUAAUAAUUGGUGUAAACUACCAAUUCUUUGGUUGAUGGUGGCAUUUGUGCAAAACUCUUUCAUGAUUGUACUCUUUUCAAAUUUCUAUUAUAAAACAUAUAUUUUAAAAGACUUAAAGAAAAGGAAAAACAUUGAAGAAAUGUUUUAUGUUCUAAAAUAUUUAUACUGUUUAGUGGCCGAAGUCUAUGCAAAGAAUGCAGAUCCACGAGUUCAGCACUUGCCCCUGGUAUAUUCGCCUCUGCCAAUGGUUGUAAUUUUAACAUCAUAUUUGGCAUUUGUUCUGCAUUAUGGCCCUAAAUGGAUGGAACAUCGGCAAGCCUUUCAGCUAAAAUAUAUAAUGCGUGUCUAUAAUGCUGUGCAAGUUGUAGCCAACAUUUUAUUGUUCGUUUAUGGCAUUCCAAAUUCAUAUGGUCAAAAAAAUUUUAGCUUUACAUGUCAACCCGUUGAUCCCACAAACACUGAACCAUGGAUGAUGCGUCUACUUUACAUAACGUAUGGUUAUUAUCUAACGAAAUAUUUGGACCUCUUUGAUACGAUAUUUAUAGUGCUGCGUAAGAAAGAUCAACAAAUAAGUUUUCUUCAUGUGUAUCAUCAUACGGGAAUGGUGUUUGGAGUUUAUGUGUUUAUGACAUUUUUGCCAGGAAGUCAUUCAACCAUGCUGGGUCUGAUUAAUCUGCUCGUACACACAGUCAUGUAUUCAUAUUAUUUCGUUACAUCGAUGACACCAGUUAAGGAGACACUGUGGUGGAAACGUCACAUUACACAAUUACAAUUAGUUCAGUUUGGUUAUUUGACUGUUCACUUUCUAUUAGUGAUUGUCCGCAAUACUUGUGCCCAUCCACUUGCAGUUGCAUUUGUUGGUUUUAUGCAAAACAUCUUUAUGUUUGCAUUAUUUUUCGAAUUCUACUACAAGGCCUACCUGAAGAAAUCCAAGGCAACUGAUGCUAGUAAUCACAUUCGUGAUGCUAAUGACAGAUUAAGCCAGCGGAAAACAGAAGAAAAACUAAAAUCAAGUUAGUAAUUGGUUGCCAUUACACGUGUAUUCCAACAAAAAUCAUGUAAAAUAGAAAGUUAAUUCAUAAAAUCUUAGAACAUUUUUUUUUACCGAUAUACAUAUGACUUUUAAAUAACAAUAAAAUCAAAAACCAAAAUGUUAAUUUCUAAAAAAAAACCAAAAA